GGCAGUAGGAUUUACGAGGGCUGAGCACUAAAGACUUAGGAGCAGGCUCGAUUUACGAGUUUAUUGUUCCCCGGUUAUUGGACCUCUGGCGUUUGGGUCUGUUUUUCACAGGGUUCCGAGAGUUUGUUUGGUGCAGAGUCAGCGGUCUGUGCACACACUUCUUCACAAAUGGGCUGUGAGCAGACAGCCCCUACUGGUAGUGAGCCCAUGCACCACAGGUUCCAGCAGGUUCCAGACCUCUGGGAGGGGCAAGAAGUUUUGAUUAUAACCCAGUAUUCUGGGUCACAUCAGUUGAGAAGAAAGAGACCCUCGAGUUUGCAGGAGGAAGUUUUCUCGUGUUGUGAAUUUUACUUUUACCAAAUAUUCUUUUUCUAUAUAACCAGCAAUAAGAGGAUGCAUUAACCCCAAAUGCAGGAGUUUUGAGUGUCAGACUUUACCCUUGUUAUGGCGGUGUGUUCUCUGGCUCCCAGGACUGCAGGGUUGAGACUGCGAACUGGGGCAGUUGGGGAUUUUAUUGAUUUGGCACAUAAACAAAUGCCCCUUUGUGUUUGUAUGCAUGCGGGUUUAUUCUAAUGUUCUUGUAGAACAUGGGAACAGCUGCAGUUCCUUUUGCCAGCUAUGUUAUGUGCUAAACCACUAAACGGAUUGCAGUAAUUAAGGCUUUUCGUGAUUAACUAAAUUGCAGUGGCCAAAAGCAGUAUUUCACUUGACACUGGGUUAACUGUUCAGGCUCGAGACAGUAAUGUAAAAGUGCACUAGAUCCCCUCCUAGUUCUGUGUCUAGAUGUUGCAGGUUGUUUUCUUCUCCGGCCAUCUUGUUUAUGACGCGCUGUGUGAGGCUUACGCAACCCUGAGGCCACACUAAAGCUUUUAAUGUGUUUAUUUAAAAGAUUGCCCUUGGCCCGUUCAAGAGAUGCUGCUUUGUAGACUAAUCGCACGUUGCUCUGGUUUCAAGAGCCCAGACGCUGCAUAAAUAUGCGUUUCUAAGAAAGGUGCAUACCCAACACUCUCUGUCCAAGCCUUCGCCCAUAGCAGCCACGUUCUGAGUCCACCAGCUUGGCUUUAAUGGACUUUUUGUCCUUGCAGAAUGUUUACUCUGUUGUUUCAUUUACGUGCAUGAUCACUGUGCAAACAUUUUGAACCGGUCUGUGCCCUCUUUUCACCGCUGCUGGACACUAAUGGACGAGAAAGUGGAACUUAGGUUAUAGAUACUGAAAAAUUCCGCUCUUUGAAGAAGCAGAUGUUCCUCAGCGUGAGAGGACCGUAUUUUGAGCGUCUCCGGGCCAGUGGUGUCCGUCCAUAACAGCUGCAGCACGCGCUUUGUUUACAAAUAAAGACACUCGCAGUGGAAACAUCAGUGGGGAAGGAUUUUUCUUUUUCUCAUAGUUUUUAGAUUGUUUAGGACAUGUUUUUGUUCAUGCAGGAAAGGGAUAAAGGACUAAGGUCAGCCAAGGCAACGUCCCCGGCAUCGAGAGCGCUUCUCUGGCCAUGGACACAGAAGAGGGAGUGGAGGUUGUGUGGAAUGAGGUGCAGUUCUCAGACAAGAAGGUCUUCAAGGCACACGAGGACAGAAUCAGGGAGAUGUUUGAGAACCUGAUGCAGGUGGAGCACCCAAAUAUCGUCAAGUUUCAUAAAUACUGGCUGGACACCAGGGAGAGCCGAGCCAGGGUGAUUUUUAUCACUGAGUACAUGUCAUCUGGAAGUCUCAAACAGUUUUUGAAGAAAACCAAGAAAAACCACAAGACAAUGAAUGUGAAGGCAUGGAAAAGGUGGUGCACACAGAUCUUGUCUGCCCUCAGUUACCUGCACUCUUGUGACCCGCCCAUCAUUCACGGAAACCUGACCUGUGACACCAUCUUCAUCCAGCACAAUGGCCUCAUCAAGAUUGGCUCAGUAUGGCACAGACUCUUUGUCAAUGUGUUCCCGGAGGCCAUCCAUGGAAAUGUGCAUCAGCAUCGAGAUGAACUGAGGAACCAGCACUUCUUUGCUCCGGAGUAUGGGCUUGCUGAGGAUGACUAUUCUAUUGAUAUAUAUUCCUUCGGCAUCUGUGCUUUGGAGAUGGCAGUCUUGGAAAUCCAGGCUAAUGGUGACACUGCUGUUUCUAAGGAGGCCAUAGUGCAUGCUGGACUGUCACUGGAGGAUCCUCUCAUGAGGGAGUUCACACAGUCCUGCGUUCGCACUGAGGCAAAACUCCGGCCUACCGCCCAUGACCUGCUGUUCCACAGGGUCCUGUUUGAGGUCCACUCUCUAAAGCUGCUGGCUGCACACUGCUUCAUCAACAACCAGUAUCUCCUCCCUGAGAACUGUGUGGAAGAGAAGACCAAGUCCAUUGACCCUAAUGGCAUCAUGGCAGAGACCAGUCACGGAGGCCGGCCUGGCAUCCAGUUAAAGUACUCUCAUGUCUCUCCACUGGAGCUGGACAAGUUCCUGGAGGAUGUCAAGAAUGGAAUCUACCCCUUAAUGAGCUUUGCAUCUCAGAGACCCCACCCGCUCCCUCGCACGCUCUCUCUCUCCCAGGAGCACAUGGAGACUGUGAAGACUCCAACCCCUGAACCUCAAGAGACAGAGACCAGGAAGGUUGUCCAGAUGCACUGUAAUUUGGAGGCUAAUGAAGAGGGGACCAGGAGCCACCUGUCUCUCUUUUUGAAGAUGGAUGACAAGCUUCACCGCCAGCUUAGCUGUGAUGUUUUGCCCACCGACCGUCCGAGAGACCUGGCCAGUGAACUUGUCCACCACGCCUUCAUCAGCGAGGAGGACUGUGAGAAGCUGGCCAGCUUUCUGGAAGAGGCCCUGGGCAAGCACUGGGCUGGGGCUUCACCUGCUGCAGUGGUGCUGAUGAACUGAGAGCCGUGUGAGCACCGUUGUGGAGCCGCAGAAUUGGCCUGUAACGGAGAGAGAGAAAGGGAGAGAGGAAGAGGGAGAGAUGGAGAGAGGGAGAAGGGGAGUAGUUUGGGGAGUGAAGAGGGAGAGCUGAAGAGGGAUUAAAGAGGCAAAGUGAGCAGGGACAAAUCUUGAAGAGGGUGACAGAAUCUGAGAAUUCCAUUUGGGAAUUCCAUUCAGGCUCCAUGAGUCCAAGGCUUCAAAGAGUUCAUUUACUAAGUUAUUGAAGUGGGAAAUCUAACCAUUCCCAUUAUCCCGCAGCGCGCUGGCACCAACGGACUCAAUUCCAUAUGUUUGUACGUUCUUUGUGUAUUUGAUGGAUUUUUGUGGGUGUUCCCGAUGUCUCACCUUUUGGCAAUAUUCAUUCCCCAUCCCAGAAGCUCCUGCCAUGGAAAAGGGACCACAGAAGCAGAGGAAAGGAGAUUGGCGAGCUGAAUAAGUGUCUCUUGGGACUGUCAAACCACAUGUUGGCUCUAACUGUCUAUGUGUUUUUAACAGACAUGCAGUAAUUGUCUAUUUAUUGUUUUGAGCUAUUAAACAUGACUAAAAACUGACUUUUUAAAAAGCUCCCAGUGAGGGAAGUCUGUCUCCCAGUGAGAGAAGUCUGUUUAUUUCUACUUCCCUGUAAAAAUAUGAAUAUGAUUCUAGUUAGUAAGCUCUGGCUAAAUACCUAAGGGGAUGUUGUGAAUGUACUGUAAUUUAGCAGAGGACCCUUAGUGCUUGUAACACCUACGUUACAGCCCCCCAUGUGAGACCUUAAACCGAAACACUUUCCAUCAGUUCAGACUCGUUCUUACAAAGCACCAAGUGCCUAUGUGAGAAAGGAAUGUCAGAUGUACUUAAUAUGGAGUCCUCCUUAAUUGUCAUUAUUCCAUAACAUUGAUAAAGUUCAGUUUCAUUCCUUUAUAAAUGCUGGCAAUAAUAGUAGCACCUUGGAUUAGCUAGGGCUAAGGAGGUGUGUGUCUGUGUGAUAGGCUUGAUGUGCUUUUCACAGUGUAAGGUGUAACUGCAUUAGGAGCACUGGCCUCUAAUAAGGACCUAUUCGACUUGGGAAACAAAUACAUCCAAGUGCAAGUACACCAUUUUGGGCAGGUAGCAACACACUAGCAAACACGGUCCUAACAGCACUAUGGAAGAGGAGCUGGCUAGUGUACCCCGCACCACAUACAGGCACUUUAUAAUGUCAGGGCACCCCCUCAAUUCACUGAUGGUUUAAGAUGUUUGACGAGCGGACGCUUCCUAAAGGUCUACUAGAAGUCCCUCUAUCCUGCUAAAAGGGCUGUCCUUACUUGGAGAUUACGCAUCAUGCAGCAGUAUUUGUGCUGUCUUGUAGUCUCUUAAACCUUCUCACUUUCUAUCAGAGGUGUUUACAUACACAUAACAUAAAAUGUGAAUGCCAAAAGAUAUAACUCCCAUUGACUCUAAAAACACUGGAUGUAACGAUGGCAGCUGGAGUUGGGAUAGUUAAAGGAAAAAGACAUUUUCUACACUGACCAUGUCUUUAUGACUAUUUGGUCUUGCUUUUGUAAAUCAGUGAUCAUUCUGUGAUCAAUCUUUGUCAUGCUGUCCCUGCCUACACUAUCAGGAAUUGCUUCAAUGACCACCACCUUUAGUGCUUCACCUUUAGUAUUCCAUAAUGGAUAUGAUAACGUACAGUUACAUGCAUCUUGCUUGUUGAUCAUGAGGUCCUCAUGGCUCAAUUUAAUUCCUGACUGGAACUGCAAAGAUGUUUUAAUACUAAUGCUACACUAUGCUAUACUAUACUUAUACUAUUCUAUACUAAUGCUUUAAAAGACUCCUGAUAUCUCAGUAAAAAUGUGCAUGUCAACACUAGAAUAUUAUCACAUUUUUGGUAAGGUGGAAUGGCAGAAGUGUCAUAUGCCCUCAGAUGUAAAUUCCUAAGGAUUUGUAAUUGUCAAUAAUCCCAGAAGAAUAGAUGAAUGGGACCAUACAUGGCAAACUCUUCAGAAUAUUACAAUGACCAUGUCUGGGUCCCUGUCGUGACUUCGUUGGGUAGAGUGUGCUCCACUCUGGGUCCCUGUGGUGACUUUGUUGGGUAGAGUGUGUUCCACUCUGGGUCCCUGUGGUGACUUUGUUGGGUAGAGUGUGCUCCACUCUGGGUCCCUGUGGUGACUUCCUUGGGUAGAGUGUGUUCCACUUUGGGUCCCUGUGGUGACUUGGUUGGGUAAAGUGUGUUUUGUAACAUCCAAAUACCUGCAGUCUAAUCAUUGGGUUUGCUGCACAGCUUGCAUCUUGAUUUAUGCAUUGAUUUGUUAUUGUUUAUUUGUUUAUCCAUGUCAAAAUGUACAAUAACAUGAUUUAGCACGACAUAUUCAAACUUAUUAAAAUGUUCAGAAGCAAACAUGUCAAAUGUGAAGAUUUCACUGCAUAUUUUAAAAUUAUUUUACAAUGUUUAGCUUGGACGUUGUGUUUAAUGUUCUUUUAGCAUUGACGAGGGCAACAGAGAGCAAGGAUUUUCCAACCCGUGUCAAGAAGUACCUAACAAGUUCCCAAGGGUGCAUCCAUGCACACUAACAACAAUAAUAAUAAAUUGCAGUUGUUUUAAUCUACACAGAAGACGAGGGCAAUUUAUACACACUUUUUGUUUGCCUUUUGGUGUGGUAUUUUGGAGUUUUAGCGUAAAACUGCGUUGGCUUAGACCUCUCCGGUGGGGAAACAUACCUUCACAAUUGCUUUAUUGAGCAAUUGAGAGAAUGACUGUAAAACAGCAACCUUCCCAUCACUGGAUUAAACACACGUUUGGAAAACUCUCCAGUAGUUGGAUUAACUACACCUCGGAGGACUAGUUUUGACCCAUAACCACUCCAUUCUUCCCACUAACACUCACCGCCCUCACACUGGCUCUUUCACUGGUUUUUUUCGCCUUACACAUUUUAACAUACUGUACUGUUUACCCGAAUGUAUGUUUCAAAUACACUGGAAUAAACAGGACAGCGGAAAACGA